AAACUGCUUCGAAGUCAAAAGAAAUUUAAACGCGAACAGUUUUAGUUCAUCGGUUCUUACAACAUGUUCGGAUUUAAUUGAUUGUCUUAUUGAUUCUGUUGGUCGUAAGACGAGGAACCGAGAGAAGGAUUGUGGGAAUCGGAGGAGUUUAAAGCUCCGGAAGAACAUCCAGGACAAAACACACACAAACACACACUUCCCAGACCCACUGCUGUGGUGAAUAUAAGUCUGGAUAAGCUCAUAUAUAGCGCACUGGACUCCGCCACUGGAAAACAUCAGAGACUUCGGACGUGUAUGCAAAAACUAAAGUUCCAAGUGUUUUUAAACUCUUUUUUUCUUUUUUUUUUCUGGAAUUCGAUUCACUAUUCUUCUCUGAUGGAUUACUUUCUGGACUUGGCUGGGAUCAGUAGGCCUACUUCAUAAUGCUCUUCAAUGGCUGUGAGCAGUGCAGUGGUUAGCAUGCAGAAUGAGAACCGAACCUUUGUCCACUACAGGAUGGAGGCAUCCUGUUUGGACCUGGCUCUGGAGGGGGAGCGUCUGUGCAAGGUCGGGGAUUACGGCGCUGGCGUUUCUUUCUUCGAGGCCGCCAUGCAGGUUGGCACUGAAGACCUGCAGGUUCUAAGCGCCAUCUACAGUCAGCUGGGCAAUGCCUACUUCCACUUGCAAGACUACAGUAAAGCUCUGGAGUUCCACCACCAUGAUCUUACACUAACUAGGACCACCGGGGAUCGGCUUGGUGAGGCCAAAGCCAGCGGUAACCUUGGGAACACAUUAAAGGUUUUGGGACGCUUUGAUGAGGCAGUGGUCUGCUGCCAGAGACAUUUAGAUAUUGCCAGGGAAUUGGGUGACAAGGUGGGACAGGCCAGAGCACUUUAUAAUUUUGGAAAUGUGUUCCACGCCAAGGGAAAGAGCGUCUGCUGGAGCGGGGCAGAACCUGGAGACUUCCCUGAGGAGGUCACGACAGCACUUCAAAAAGCCUCUGAAUACUACGAGGCGGACCUGUGUAUUGUGAAGGAGCUUGGAGACCGAGCAGCACAGGGGAGAACUUACGGAAACCUGGGGAACACAUACUACCUGCUAGGAAACUUCAGGGAUGCAGUGGCCUCUCAUGAACAGCGUCUACUUAUCGCUAAAGAGUUUGGUGACCGGUCUGCUGAGAGGAGAGCUUACUGCAACCUUGGAAACGCUUGCAUAUUCCUUGGGGAGUUUGAGAGGGCUGCAGAACAUUACAGGAAGGCUCUACAGUUGGCUCGGCUGCUGAAGGAUCUGGCGGUGGAGGCUCAGGCCUGCUACAGUCUGGGUAACACGUACACACUGCUGCAGGACUAUGAGAGAGCUAUCGACUACCAUCUCAAACAUCUCAUCAUCGCUCAGGACCUCAAUGACAGGAUCGGUGAAGGAAGGGCCUGCUGGAGUUUGGGAAACGCACAUACAGCACUAGGGAAUCAUGACCAGGCCAUGCACUUUGCAGAGAAGCACUUAGAAAUCUCAAAAGAGACUGGAGAUCGUAGCGGUGAGCUCACUGCUCGCAUGAACGUCUCUGAUCUUCAGAUGGUCCUCGGCCUCAGUUACAGCACAAACAAUUCAGUCCUGUCGGAGAACAAAGAGAUCGACUACAACCUGCACGGAGCCAGACCCAGGAUGAGCCGACGGCACAGUAUGGAGAACCUAGAGCUGCUGAAACUCACACCUGACAAGAUCAACAUGAAUGGUCAGAAGUGGACAAGUGACAUCCUCUUCAAGCAGUCCAAAUCCACAAUGGCCAAGUCGUCCUCAAAGCUCUCUUUUGUCAAUCGUUUCCGAGGAAAAAAGCACAAGCUGCAGAGCAGCUCCAGUAAAAUCCUGCAGGAUACCAGCAACACACGGGAAGCUCCGCAGAACAAACAUGGAAGUACAGACAUGUUAGGAGACGAGGGUUUCUUUGACUUACUGAGUCGUUUCCAGAGCAACAGGAUGGAUGACCAGCGGUGUGCCGUACAGGACGGGAGGAACCAUCUGUCUGUCAAUUCUAGCUCCUCCUCCCCACCCACCACCCCUCCCACAACCAUCAGGAAAUCAUUCUCAGAGUCGGCUGCAACUCCAGGUCAGGAGCCGUUUCUCCGACUGCUGGCGAGUGCUCAGGGCAGGAGGCUGGACGAGCAGAGGGCAGGAACAGGAAACAGUUUGCCCGGCCUGCACACCCUAUCCGAACACAGCAGCACUAGCAGCAGACGGAUGAUCCUCAGCCAGGUCAUGGCCAGCACAGACGCCACCGAACCCGACGACCAGUUCUUUGACAUGCUCGUCAAGUGUCAGGGGUCCCGUCUGGAUGAUCAGCGGUGUGCCCCUCCUCUGCCCUCCGCCCGUGGCCCCACCGUCCCAGAUGAAGACUUCUUCAGCCUCAUCAUGCGCUCACAGGCCAAGAGGAUGGACGAGCAGAGAGUCACGCUGCCCUCCUGCCGCUGAUCAAACAUGCAAUCCCUCUUCUGAACUUCAUUUGCAGAAAUGAGCUCAUUUUCAUGCACGAGUGCUACAAACCUCUCGCUGGUAAUACACAAUGAUGGUCAGGUAAAAUGCCAUCUGUCUGAACUGUGUCCUAUCUGCUAAAUGAUUAUG